UUUGGUAAGAGUUAGAACAUGUUCUUUACUGCCUGAUGUCUCUGUUUGGUGCUCCAGCUCAGGUUUGUCCAAUGGGCCCAAUGCAAACUUGCUGACCAUUCCCAAGCAGAGGUCGUCCUCUGUUACCCUCACGUACCACGCGGGGCCCAGGAGAGCAGGCACAUCUCCCAGCCUGAGCCCCGUCACCUCACCAAGCCACAGCCCCCCUGCAGUCAGUACAGGUUCUUCAUCGUCCCUCGUCACUCGGUCCCCCGUGGAGUUCCCGGACACGGCUGACUUCCUGACAAAGCCGAGUGUCAAUCUGAACCUGCACAAGCCCUUGGGCUACACGCUCAGCUCGCCAGAUUUCCAGCAGGCCUUCCGUAGCUCCACCUUACCUCUCUGCACCAGCUGUGGGCGUCAGAUGCUCAAGGGAGUCUCCGGCGGCGAUGCAGGAGAAUCCCAUCAACCGUUCACCAGCGAGGCUCAGCGCCGGCGCUCAGGCGAAGGACUGGACUUCCCGGGGGAACCCCUGAUCAGGGAGGAGAGCGUGGAGGCGGACGUGUCCGGAGACGGGAAGCCGGACGUCGGAGGAAGCCAGGGGCUGGCGGACGAAGACAAGGAGAAGAGCACAGAGCAGCAGACUCAGGGAUCAGAGGGCGAGCAGGAGUUCAGGUUAGAUCCGAUGCUGGAGGACCACGAGGACCUCAUGGAGAGGAUGAACACCUGGAACUUCCAGAUCUUUGACCUGGUGGACAAGACGGGAGGGAAGACCGGAAGGAUCCUGAGCUAUGUGACGUACACCCUCUUCCAGGACAUGUGUCUGUUUGAAAUUUUCAAGAUCCCCGUGAAGGAGUUCAUGACGUACUUCUGUGCUCUGGAGAACGGCUACAGAGACAUUCCCUAUCACAACCGGGUCCAUGCUACUGAUGUGCUCCACGCUGUUUGGUACCUGACCACUCGACCAAUCCCUGGGUUCCAGCAGAUCCACAGUGAGCACGUGACGGGGAGCGACACAGAUUCGGACAGUGGAAUCUCUCCAGGCAGGAUAUCCUACGCCUCCUCCAAGAGCUCCUCCAUUUCAGACGACAGCUACGGCUGUCUGGCCUGGAACAUACCUGCCCUGGAGCUCAUGGCCCUUUAUGUAGCAGCUGCAAUGCACGACUAUGACCAUCCCGGUCGCACAAAUGCCUUUCUAGUAGCCACUAAUGCACCUCAGGCGGUGCUGUACAACGACCGCUCAGUGCUGGAGAACCACCACGCUGCGUCCGCAUGGAGCCUCUACCUGUCCCAGCCUGAGUUCAACUUCCUGGUCAACCUGGAUCACGUGGAGUUCAAGCGUUUUCGCUUCCUUGUCAUCGAGGCGAUACUGGCCACAGACCUCAAGAAGCACUUUGACUUCCUGGCUGAGUUCAAUUCCAAGGUGAACGAUGUGAACAGUCCAGGAAUUGAUUGGACCAAUGAGAACGACAGACUGCUGGUGUGCCAAGUGUGUAUCAAGCUGGCAGACAUCAACGGGCCAGCCAAGGUCCGUGACUUGCACCUCAAGUGGACAGAAGGCAUCGUCAAUGAGUUUUAUGAGCAGGGAGAUGAGGAGGCCAGGUUGGGAUUACCCAUCAGCCCCUUCAUGGACCGCUCGUCCCCGCAGCUGGCCAAGCUGCAGGAGUCCUUCAUCACCCACAUUGUAGGGCCGCUCUGUAACUCCUACGAUGCUGCUGGCCUGCUUCCCGGCCACUGGAUUAACGAAGCGGGAUCAGAUGAAGACGACGAAGAGGGACAGGUGGACAUAGACACGGACGAAGAUGAGGAUGACGAGGACGAGCUUGAAGAUGAGCUGGCACCAAGAAGGAGGAAAAGCCGCCGCAGGUUGUUCUGCAGCAUCAUGCAGCACCUGACGGAGAACCACAAGGUGUGGAAGAAGAUCAUCGAGGAGGAGGACAAGAGCAAAGAGCUGGGCAAGCAGCAGCCGGCAGACAGCCUGCCCACCUCCCCGUCGGAUGACAUCCAGGUCAUCCAGGAGGAGGAGGAGGGCGAGGAGCGUCAGUAGCAGGAGGUCAACGGACAGAACAGAGACGUGUGAAACAGAAGAGGAGAGGCAGCAGAAGGACACGAGUCCCUCGACCACCUGCCUUUCACUGACAAACAGUUGACAAAUGCACAUAAAACACACUUUGCUCCCUCACACACACACACACACACACAAAUGCAAACACACACAUAAUGAAAGAUUCACUGUGCAGACACUCAGAUGCUUAAGCAGUCACAUUGUUUUUGGAGAAACAAAAAGGCCUUACUACUGUGAGCGGAUCCUUACUGCAACGGUGGGGGCCCAACUCCUAUGCACUUUCACCCCAUGGAGAGUCAAGUGCACCCAGAAAAACAAGCACCAGAACUGAGGAGGAAGGUGCAGAAGAAGAAGAAGAAGAAGAAGAGAGUGGACGGGGUCCAGCAUUAACUUGCCCUCCAUGGUAACCUGGCUGUGAUGCUGCCUUGAAUGCAAAGCGCUUAACACCUCCCUUAGGUACAAAACAAUUUCUGUAUAUUUAAAAAUAAAAUUUAAAAAAAAUAAUAAAAAAAAAACAAAAGGUAGAGGAAAAGUACUGAUGCAAGUGACAUCAUGAAAUGAUUGAAGCCCUUUACCAAAGUGAACAGUUCAUACACGGAAAGACAAGAGACUGAAAGCGUUUCAGCCUCAGUGUCAGGUAUAUUUUUGAAUUAUAUAUACACACAUAUAUAUAUAUCAAAUGAUGUGCCUGUCUGAACCUUUACUAAGUCCAUACUGGCCCAGAGCCUAGGCUUGUGUAGUUCUCUCUCCUUGCUGGCGACACGAAACACUGUAUCAGACUCAGUCACAGAGACAUUAUUGAGAUGUUGACUGAUUAAUAGCAUUAUAUCUGCAUCAUUUUUGAUGCUUUUACUCAUGUGUACCACCCGUCUUUUUCUUUUUUUGACUUCUUUAACUCUCCGUUCUUUAUUUGAGUGUGUGAAUAUUUCUUUUUUGUUUGGCAGGAAUGUGAUAGAGAGAAUGAGUAGGGAGAAAGAGAGCACAUUUUUAAUUAUUUUAGGAUGUAAUUCUGUGUGUAUGUCUGUGUGUCCUUUUUAGCAAUGGUUGGUUUCUAAUCAGUGAAAUGUCCUCUGAUGUUUAACAUGUCGCAUUCAGAUCAGGAGUGCUGUUUCAAUGAAUGGAUUCUUCAUUUUCCUUUUCCUUUUUUUGUUUUUUUUGAUUAUAAGUAUUUUUUUAAAGGUUACUCAGGAUUCACGCAAAGUUGAAAAAUUAUUUUGCAAGAAUUUAUGUCAUUAAUAUGAAAUACACUUUAAAAAAAACGAAGAAAAUUAAAAAUCUGGGUGACUGAAGUAGUUUGUAAUCUCUCAAUGAACAACAAACAAAGUCAAGCAAUCGAGAUCCUCCGGGAUGGAGGAGCAUCAUGCAGUCUGUGCUGUCUCUUGGCCGUUCGUACACUGUUUGCAUAACCUUUUUACGACCUCACUGGAGAAAAGAAAAGAAAAAAAAGCUUAUCUUGAUUGUCUGCAAACAUCUGUCCUGCAGCAACACAUCGUACGAUUACAGCAGAACAUUAGGCUGUUUUUUUAAUAUUUUAAUUCUCGUUUUAAACCAACAGUACGACGUCUACAUUGACAACGGAAUCCAACUUUCAUUUUUCUCUUUUUAAAAAACGCCCACAACUCGGCCAGUGUGUGAAGAAGGGAUCCAGGGUUUCAUGUCACUUUUUCUUUAUAUAUAUCUAUAUCUAUAUAUUUUACGACGUGCCACGAGGCAGGUUAAAAAAGUUCUCUAAUUUUGUCUCUAAGAACUCUUUGGCAUUCCACUAGAAUAAGACGUUUUCUCAAAGGUAAAGGGCAGAGCUGUCGCCGCCUGGCUCCUUUACCACCUGAUUAAAUCACAACCUCUGGAGAAAAAAAACAAAAGCAGUGUAACUCGAGGUAGGAAUAUUUAAAGACAAAAAAAAAAAACAGAUGUGCACAUUUUAAUACCAAACGAGUGUUUAGCCGCUGUACAAAAGAGUAUGUGCGUAUAAAUAUAUAUUUUUUAAAAUAAUCAAAUGAAUGCAUCUGUUUUCUACACACAGCUGACAUGUUGUACAUCCUGUAACUACCGAUUGUGUUUCCAGAGUUUUUAUCGACUUACAGGUGUGGAACUGUGGGGGUUUGGUGUUUGAUUUGUUUUUUCCACUUGGUUUCAGCCUCUCCUUGUUCUGUAUCAUAACCACUCUUGUAUUCCUCAUUAUCUCUCUUCUUCUUCUCUGAUCGCUGUCGCAUCACUCGACCCGACCGGUGCCAAACUUUACCUGCAUACUGUAAUGUGUGGGCUGUGUUACGCUGAUUGGCGGAUUUCUCUGGGCUCCGGUGAAAUGUUCCACCAGGAUCAAAAAGCGGCGGCAGUGACGGUAACGAGAGUCGGGUUCGGAGCCGCACACAUUCUGACAAAUCAGUUGUUUUGUUUGUUUUAUUUACACGUGGACCCAUGCUGGACCAUAAAGCCUUGGUCGCUCCUGAACCUGACGUAUUCUGGCUCAUUAAGUUGUAAACGUGUGUUGGCUUCUCACUGUGCAGUCCUCCAAACCCACAGUGUCCUCUGAUGAUUGUGCCAUAAAUACAUCUAUGAAUGGUUGUUACCCUUAUGCAGCAUCAGUAUACGUACGUCUGUCUAAUGUAACCAUUCACCCUUAUCUACAUUGUGGGGGGGGCAACAGGUUUUUGUUGUUAUUUAUAGCUGUCAUAAAACACCAUCCCUUAA